ACCUUGGCCUCCCACAGUGCUGGGGUUACAGGAGUGAGCCACCGUGCCCAGUGAGCAAUUUUAUUUUUAUAUCAUCUGUGGACCUCACAUUAAUCUAUUUUUCUCAGUAAAAGAAUACUGCAAACAGGGUCCAGCAAUGACAGUCACAUCCAGUUCCUCAAAUUCUAUCUUUUUUCUUAUUAAAUAUGUUGAGUAAACUGACCAUGGUUUUGUGCAUAGAUUGAUACCAAAGGCCUGACCCUGAAGCCGUCAAAGACUUAGAGGGCUGUAGGGACUUUAGACUUCAAACCCAUCAUAUCCUCUUUCCUAUCCCUGGAAAAGCAACGCACAAAGACUUUCUUAAACUCUUCUCAGCAUUAUUCCAGUGUGUCCACUAUCCUUUGAGCUCACUGCCACACCCCUCAUCUUUCAAAAUCUUGAACCCGGGAGGCAGAGGUUGCAGUGAGUCAAGAUUGCGCCGCUGCACUCCAGCCUCAUCAACAAGAGCAAACUCCGUCUCCAAAAAAAAAUCAGAAACAAGCCAUUAGUAAACAUUCCUAAUGAAGAUUAUGAUGUUAAAUGUCAUUAUUUGCAUGCAAAGGUUUCCUCCUCAAGCUAAACCUCAGCAUUUUCGGUUUCACUAGAUUGAAAGCAGAAGUGAGUCUUCAUUACAAGGGCACCUCUUUUCUCUGACUAGUGGGGUUUAAAUAGCUUGGUGGCUUUCCAGGCGGUAAGUCCCAGCUAAUGGGCUCUAGAGAACCCAGCCUAUCAGUUCAUUUAUGGAGUCCCUUGGCAUCCUUGUACUGUGAAGAGCCGUAAGGCCUCAAAGGGUGAAAAAGGUGAGUUGAGAAGGUGUCACAGAGCACGAAGGUGGUCCCCACACAGGUCACAAUUAUGUAGCUGUGAACAGGCUACAUGUUGCAUCCUUCAUAGCAUCUGCCACAAAAUAAGGGCUCAACAUAUUUUCCCUUCAAUUUACUUUAAACAUCAUUACCAUUGCCUAAAUGAAAUAUUACUGACAUGGAUUUUAAAAACUCCACAUGUAACUAAUGUCUAAAAUUGGGUCACAUGAAACAUAACCUUGAAACUGAGAAGAAUUUCCUCUUAGACUUCAUGAUAAUUUACCAACCACUUAAUGCACCAGGGGCUGAGGGGAGCAGAGAACCUAAUUAAUUAAUCACGGUGACCUGAUAAAUGAGGUAACAUCACUAAAGCAAGUGGCGCUCCUUUAACCUCAGUUCCAUUUCCCUCCCCCAACACCAUGUCUCUCCGUUAAGACACAUCAUUUGAUCUGCAGAGUUGAGGUAGGUACUCAUUCAAAAUGAAUAAUCAAACUUGCCUCCCAAUUCCCGAAAUCUACAAGGUCCCCUAGACCUCUAGAAGUGCAAUUCUGCUGACAGGAAAAUGAAGCAAAUUACUCUCAUCCAAGGCGAUUACCUCCACGAAUUCUUAGAAUUUAUAUAGUAGAGUCCAGGUAUUAAUAUAAAAACCGUAAUUUCAAAAUACUAUAAUGUUUCAAUCAACAAAAGUGGGCAGAAGAAAACAUUAAAAAUUUUAAAACCCACCACUUCAGAAGCAUUAUGCUUUAGUACUCGGAUAGUCUCAACAUGGGAAGAAAACAUCACUUAGUCAGUGACUAACUUCUGAUAAGUAUGUGGAAAUGUAAGCCACUCCGCUCGAAAAAAUGCACGCAGGGGGAAUGACACGUGCGGUGCGGUUACGGUUGUGUCCUGAUAUCUGAGGUCGUUAAACGACGAGAAGAGCGGCAGUGUCCGCAGCACGCCUUCCUACCUCUCCUGCGCCCGGCCCCGCUUCCGGGACUCCAGUCCACCCGCAGCACCCUGACUGCAGGUGCCAAGUCACAACUGCAAAGAAACUUCCUCUUCUCGAGCGGGGGUGGGACUUGGCCGGGUCCCGAGGCCCCUGGCUGGCGGGCUCGGACGUUAGGAGCAGAACCAGCUCCAGGUCCCGGUCUGUCCGGGCGUCGCUGCCCUCCGAAGCUCAGGCCGGACGCCCCCAGUCCCUGGCCGAGCAAGGCGCCGCGGCCCACCCACCCCGGUACCCGCCGUUCGACCCCGUUGCCCUGCACCUGAGGAUGUUGUCAGCAUAGAUUGUCAGGACGUUCUACAUAGAUGUGGAUGAAAGACCCCAGAAGGAAGGAGCAACAAACGUCAAAAACAAAACCAUGGCUAUAAACUCUGCUGGGUUUGUUACGUGGAUUCUUUUCAGAAUUUGGCGAAUGACUGAAAAUCUAAGUCCCAGCUCAACUAGUAUAUGAUUCCUCUGUAUAUCAUGUGAUCAAGGUCUUUUAUUCCACUUAGAAGAUGCAUCCCUAACUACUUUAAUCCAGUCUCUGCCCCACCAUGUCCUUGAAAGUGUACUUUACCACUGGCUUCCUUCUUUGCAGAAAUUCCUUUUCAACCUCACCAAGUAUUUGUCUUGACUUUAUUUCUUAAGAUAAGUGAUUUGCCUGAAUAACUUCUUUUACAUUUCUUGAUGUUUCAUCUGUUUGCUUUUAAGACUUGAAAUUUUCUUCCAGAAUCUCCGAGCAAGACCCUAAGCUAUGCCAAUCCACUUCAAUGACUAUUCGUCUCCCAGAUGUCCUUAAUUAUCGGCGAGUCACUGAGGUUCCGAGAGAAGAGUCUCUGCUAAGGCAAACAGCGACCCAGCAGCCUCCCAAGGUCUGACCUCCGCCAAGGUGACGCGGCGUAAAGUCAACCGGAGGAAGGGAAGUCGAACGGGAUGCGUGCGCGGGAGCGCGCAUGAGCGUGCGCGUGCGCGUGCGCUCGAGCGCGUCAUCGCCUAGGACAGUGGCGAGUGUGUCUGGAGCUGUAAACGUGUUACAGGAAUGUGUUUCUGAUCAUCUGAAUCUCAAUCAUGUCCAAUUGCCUGCAAAAUUUCCUGAAAAUUACAAGCACUCGUCUUCUGUGUUCAAGAUUAUGCCAACAGGUAACAAGAAGUAAAAGGAAGUUUUUCGGAACUGAGCCAAUAUCCAGACUGCAUAGGCGAGUUGUCAUUACCGGUAUUGGCUUAGUGACUCCUCUUGGUGUUGGAACUCACUUGGUUUGGGAUCGUCUUAUCGCAGGAAAGAGUGGAAUUGUUUCACUGGUUGGUGAAGAGUAUAAGAGUAUCCCUUGCAGUGUUGCUGCUUAUGUGCCAAGAGGCAGUGAUGAAGGUCAGUUCAAUGAACAAAACUUUGUGUCCAAAUCAGAUAUCAAGUCCAUGUCUUCUCCCACCAUCAUGGCCAUUGGGGCUGCAGAAUUAGCCUUGAAGGAUUCUGGCUGGCAUCCUCAGUCAGAAGCUGAUCAAGUGGCUACUGGUGUUGCAAUUGGCAUGGGAAUGAUUCCUCUUGAAGUUGUUUCUGAAACUGCUUUGAAUUUUCAGACAAAAGGUUACAAUAGAGUUAGCCCAUUUUUUGUCCCUAAGAUUCUGAUCAAUAUGGCAGCAGGCCAGGUCAGCAUUCGAUAUAAACUCAAGGGCCCAAAUCAUGCGGUAUCCACAGCCUGUACCACAGGAGCUCAUGCUGUGGGAGACUCUUUUAGAUUUAUAGCCCGUGGUGAUGCUGAUGUGAUGGUGGCUGGAGGUACAGAUUCUUGUAUUAGCCCUUUAUCUCUUGCUGGGUUUUCCAGAGCCCGGGCUCUGAGCACAAACUCAGAUCCCAAGUUGGCCUGUCGACCAUUUCAUCCAAAGAGGGAUGGUUUUGUAAUGGGAGAAGGUGCAGCUGUGCUGGUGCUGGAAGAAUAUGAACAUGCUGUUCAAAGAAGAGCCCGGAUCUAUGCAGAAGUUUUGGGCUAUGGACUCUCAGGUGAUGCUGGUCACAUAACUGCCCCUGAUCCUGAAGGAGAAGGUGCCUUAAGGUGUAUGGCUGCUGCUUUAAAAGAUGCAGGUGUACAGCCUGAAGAGAUAUCCUAUAUAAAUGCACAUGCUACUUCCACACCAUUGGGAGAUGCUGCUGAAAACAAGGCAAUCAAACAUCUCUUCAAAGACCAUGCAUAUGCCCUUGCAGUUUCCUCAACUAAGGGAGCAACAGGACAUCUGCUGGGAGCUGCAGGGGCGGCCGAGGCAGCUUUUACCACAUUAGCUUGUUAUUAUCAAAAACUACCACCUACUUUAAACCUGGAUUGUACAGAACCAGAAUUUGAUCUCAACUAUGUUCCACUAAAGGCACAGGAAUGGAAAACUGAGAAAAGAUUUAUUGGCCUCACCAAUUCCUUUGGUUUUGGUGGUACUAAUGCAACACUUUGUAUUGCUGGAAUGUAGAACAAAUCAUUUGUAAUUAAAUAUGGAUUUUUAAAUGUUA